CAAAGGGAAAGCUGGCGCCCUGCGUCUGACGUGAAGGCAGGCAGGCAGGCAGGCAGACAGAUAGACAGACAGACGUCGCCGCCGCCGCCGCCGCCGCCGCCCCCAGGCUGCUGCCGGUACCUUUUCCGGUUGGUCUCUCGUCUCGGCGAGCUGAAUGUUGAAAUGUGGCGGCUGAUGGAAGGAGGUGGCAUCAGCGCGCGGCUCGCCAGUGCAUUGAUAUAUACAAUAGACAAAACCCCCCUUCUCUCUCUCUCUCUCUUUGAUUUGCAAGAGGAAAUAUCAACCAACGGUUUUCUCUCACACGCGCGCGCGCAAGCGGAACCGUGUCUGCUUCUCGCUCCAUCGCAUCGCCAUCGCCAUAGCCAUCGUCCGUCGUCAUCAUCAAUCAUCGUCUCGCGGACACGUAUACUGUACCAGACCACACACAAUUGCGGCCAUGGAUCCCGCCCUCAUCGCCAACAUGGACCGGUGUCCCAUGUACGCGGUUAGUCGACAUCGCGCCCGCCUCCUUGAACUCCCUCCCCCGUGUCCUCUCUCCUCUCCCCGCACGAAGACACAGUCGUCCCCCUAUGUCACACUGCGAGGCACAAGGCGCCAGCGCUGACUCUUCCUGCCCCCUCGCUCCUCCGCCCCCCCCCCGUUCUACAGUCCUUCUUCGGUGCCAUGGGAUGCGCCGCCGCCAUCGUCUUCAGCACCUUUGGCGCCUCGUACGGGACCGCCAAGUCGGCCAUCGCCAUCUUUGCCUCGGGCGUCCUCCGCCCCGAUCGCCUGAUGCAGAACGUGUGCGUUGCCCCCCUUGCCCCUUGCUUCGGGACCUUCUUUGUUGCUUGCCUCCCUUCUUCUCUGCCCGGGUGGACCGGGAGCGCAUGCUGACCACCCGUACCAUACCGUCAAGACUAUGUGCCAUCAUGGCCCAGAUCCUGUCCAUAUACGGCCUCGUCAUCAGCGUCAUUAUCGCGAACCAAAUCUACGAGAAGAUGCCCAUCUACACCGGAUUCCUGCAGCUCGGCGCGGGCCUGUCCGUCGGCCUGUGCGGGUUGGCAGCUGGCUUUGCCAUUGGCAUCGUCGGGGACUCGGGCGUGCGUGCGAGCACGCAGCAGCCUCGGCUGUACGUCGGCAUGGUGCUCAUCCUCAUCUUUGCCGAAGUGUUGGGCUUGUACGGCGGCGUCGUGGCCGUCAUGAUGUACUCGCGAGCGACAUUGGGGGCUACCGUCUGCAAAUACUAAAGAAACAGAUGAGGUGUGUAUGGGAUGGGAACAGGAUACGCGCAUGUCUCAAGCCCACAGUCGCCGAAGCAACAUCGUCUAGUGUAUUCAUGUCUUCCGCAUCUCGUGUGGUUGGAUAAUAAACAGGGUAUCAUCGCAGCGUCUUCGCGG